AUGGCCAAAUAUCACAACGCCAAACGGAAGCCGAUGCAGUUUAACUGGAACCAACUUGUUGCAUUAUCUACCCGCAAUCUCCGGAUCAAAACCUCCCGCAAGUUGUCUCCAAGAUGGAUUGGCCCCUUCAAGGUACUCAAACCCAUUGGCAGUCAGGCUUACCAACUUGCAUUACCUGAGAAGUACUCCCGUCUUCACAAUGUCUUUCAUGUUUCCUUGUUGGAACCCUGGCACGAAAGCCACAAACGAGACGGCGACAACUCACUGCCAUUGCCUGACCUUGAGGAUGAGGAAGAUUAUGAGGUCGAGGAAGUCAAGGACGAACACAAGUUCGACGGCCAAACGCACUUCCUCGUCAAAUGGCAAGGUUGGCCCUCCGAGUACAACGAAUGGGUCCCUGACUACAACAUGGAAUCCGCGAAAGACGCCAUCGCGGACUAUCGGCAAAAGGCCAAGGAGAAGAAGAAGAAGAAGAAGAAGACAUCGACACGACGAGGCAACAAGAAAAAAUCUUGA